AUUAUUGUUAAUAUAUCUGUGUUGAGAACCUUUACAUGAUAAACAUUCAUUUUUUCCAGGACCAUAACAACUAGAACAUUGAUCAUGGCAAUUAGCGCAAGUAUUAGAUGCUGUUAAAUAAGUCCAAGAAUAACAUAAACAAAUUCCAUUUGAUAAGUAAAAAUUGGCUGCACAUUAAGUACAUAUAGAUGCAUUUGUACAUUCUAAACAAUAGACAGGUGAACAUUUGGUGCAAAUAGAAGGUGUAACAGACGUGUUUAGAUAAUAAGUAGAAUCUACACAUGAUGUUGGAGUCGACAUUCCUGUUGGCAAUCCUAAUUUACCUGUGCAGUCAUUCCAUGUGGGUCCAGUGCAUGCAGUACAAUAUUGGGUACACUAUUAUUAAGUGUAUUAAUUUUACUUCUAAGAUAAGAAUGUAAUAAUCAUAGAUUAAACAAAAAGCCUAAUUAAUGGCAUCAGAUGAAUGUGCAUUACAUUUGAAGACCACUUAUAAAGUAUUAGGUGUAAGGUGAUCUUCUGGUCUAUCUACUUAGAUUUAUCUAUCAGUUGUUGAAGCACCUAAAGAAGAAGAUGCUG